CCCGGGGCGCCCUCCCGCGCCCUCUCGCACCCUCGCAUACACAAAAGGCGGCGCGCCGGAGCCCGAGACCCGGGAACCGCCGCCACCCCGCCGCCGCCCGCAGCCAGGGGAGCAGAAGUCCGGACGCAGCCCCCAUAGAUAUGGCAAUGGUAGUCAGCACGUGGCGCGACCCCCAGGACGAGGUGCCCGGCUCUCAGGGCAGCCAGGCCUCGCAGGCGCCGCCCGUGCCGGGCCCGCCGCCUGGCGCCCCGCACACGCCACAGACGCCGGGCCAAGGGGGCCCGGCCAGCACGCCGGCCCAGACAGCGGCUGGCGGCCAGGGCGGUCCUGGCGGCCCCGGCAGCGACAAGCAGCAGCAGCAGCAGCACAUCGAGUGUGUGGUGUGCGGGGACAAGUCAAGCGGCAAGCACUACGGCCAGUUCACGUGCGAGGGCUGCAAGAGCUUCUUCAAGCGCAGCGUGCGGAGGAACCUGAGCUACACGUGCCGCGCCAACCGGAACUGUCCCAUCGACCAGCACCACCGCAACCAGUGCCAGUACUGCCGCCUCAAAAAGUGCCUCAAAGUGGGCAUGAGACGGGAAGCUGUCCAGAGGGGCAGGAUGCCGCCCACCCAGCCUACCCACGGGCAGUUCGCGCUGACCAACGGGGACCCCCUCAAUUGCCACUCGUACCUGUCCGGAUAUAUUUCCCUGCUGCUGCGCGCUGAGCCCUACCCUACGUCUCGCUUCGGCAGCCAGUGCAUGCAGCCUAACAACAUCAUGGGCAUCGAGAACAUUUGCGAACUGGCCGCGCGGAUGCUCUUCAGCGCCGUUGAGUGGGCCCGGAACAUCCCCUUCUUCCCUGACCUGCAGAUCACGGACCAGGUGGCCCUCCUUCGCCUCACCUGGAGCGAGUUGUUCGUGUUGAAUGCAGCACAGUGCUCCAUGCCCCUCCAUGUCGCCCCGCUCCUUGCCGCUGCUGGCCUGCACGCUUCACCCAUGUCGGCAGACCGAGUGGUCGCCUUUAUGGACCACAUAAGGAUCUUCCAAGAGCAAGUGGAGAAGCUGAAGGCACUGCACGUCGAUUCUGCCGAGUACAGCUGCCUCAAGGCCAUAGUCCUGUUCACCUCAGAUGCCUGUGGUCUGUCUGAUGUAGCCCAUGUGGAAAGCUUGCAGGAAAAGUCCCAGUGUGCUUUGGAAGAGUACGUUAGGAGCCAGUACCCCAACCAGCCAACGCGGUUCGGAAAGCUUUUGCUUCGCCUCCCUUCCCUCCGCACGGUCUCCUCCUCAGUCAUAGAGCAAUUGUUUUUCGUCCGUUUGGUAGGUAAAACCCCCAUCGAAACCCUCAUCCGGGAUAUGUUACUGUCCGGCAGCAGUUUUAACUGGCCGUAUAUGGCAAUUCAAUAAAUAAAUAAAUCAAAAUAAGAAGGGGGAGUGAAACAGAGAAAGAAAAGGCAAAAGACUGGUUUUGUUUGCUUAAUUUCCUUCUGUUAAGAAAGGAUGUUACAAGUUUGCUAAAAGAAGAGGGGGAAGAAUUUAAUGGACUGUGAAUUUCAAAAAAGAGUGAGAGAGACUGUCAAAGGAACUUUACAAAAUGCAUUAAAAAAGAAAACAACUCCUGUGUUGGGCAGAACAACUUGUUACUUAUCAUUUUUGUAUAAAAAGGAAUUAGUCUUUUUUUUUCCUUUUGGUAAAUUUUUGAAAAAUACUGCUAAAAGUGCAUUUAAGGAGUUUGAGAGAAAAUUAGCAGAAUGGACAAAGUAAGUUUUUUUUCCCAAAUUAUUAAUUGUCCUGUGUCUAUGUACCUCUAGCUGUUCUUUCUUUCUUUCUUUAUUUUUUUUCCUUUUUUUGUACUUUCCUGGUUCCAAACCAGUUUAUUCUGUGGUUCUAUAAUAAGUUUUGAUAUAAUCUUGGCUUCUUAAAAACUGUGUAUCAUUAAAAUAUAUGUUCUGCAAGAAUUAAAACUGAGUCCAUGAAACUAUCAUAGGAAGACAUAAAACUUUAAAAGGCAACUCAGCGAUGAUGGAAACGCACUUACAAGUGGUGGCCAAAUUUUUUAGGUGAAGUUGAGCACUCUAAUUAGCAAGUUGGAGGGAUCACAUGCAACACAGCUUCCCCUCCCCCUCCCCAUACCAAGAAAAACUUAGCUUUUUAAAAAUAUUUUAAGAAAGAGAAGGAACUGUGGAAUUUAUUGGCAGCCAAGAAAUGUGUCCAAGACACAAGCUGAGGUUUUGAAUAAAAAGUGAACUUUUGUAAUUUGAAUUGGGUCCCCCCCUCUUAGUUCUUGAAUUGUUAUGAAUCCUAUAUCUGUUUGUAUAUUUGCAAGCCCUUUGUAUUAUAAUUGUUGAUAUUUCCCCUUUUUAAAAAAUACCAUUGAAAUCAGCAUGACAAAAUAACACUGUUGGCACUUAUAGGUAACGUGAUUGAUUCAGUAUCUUAGAGUUUACAGUUUGUGUUUUUAAAAAAACUGAAGGUUUUUUUUUAAGUGCAACAUUUCUGUAUACUGUAAAAGUUAUAAUAACUGAACUGUUUGGUCGAGUCUUUGUGUGUUAUAUUCCAAGGAAAAUUGAAAGUAUUCAGAAAUUAAAAUAUUAUUUGAUAUCUGAAACCUGCUUGGCUGUCCCCACUCACUGUCUUUCCAUCAAGCUGAGCCCCUGUGAGUUCUCCCUGAGCCAGCGGCCCCGUUUGUUUACUCCCCUCAGUCAGUUUGCUCAAAGGUAGACUAGUGUAUUUGCCUGUUUAAUUUGGGUGUGUGUAUGGGGGGGGGGAGUUGAAGUUAAUGGUUUAUCUAUGGUUUAGGAAGUGCCACACUGAUAUAGUAAAGCCACCCCCAUUCACCUAAUCCUCCUUUUAAUUAAAAAUGGAUUUUCCAGGAGAAAAAAAAAAAAAAGAGGCCCUUAUAUUUGUCACACUUAAGUGCCUGCUUAGGGAUGGUAUUGUGAAAAGUAUUAGAAAUCUCGAGAUCAGUAUCUAUUUUAUGAUCAGGAAAAAAGAAAAAAAUGCUCUUUUGUAGAUUUCUGACAGUUAUACAGAGGAUUGGUCAAGCAAGCUAAUCACAGCACUGUAAAUAGAGAGCAGUUGUUCGGAAUGAGUUUUUCCUUAAGUAAGUGUGAUUU